UUAUUCACAGAAGAAAGCAGGCCGUAUACAGUUUCACUACUACAGUGGAAAGUCAGAAGGUCACAAAGCUUGCAGGCUAGCUGACACAACUUGAAACUGCUUGGCCCCCUUUAAAAAGAAAUAAUAAAAUGGGAGAGAAUGAAGCAAGUUUAUCUAACACGACUUUGCAAGGUAAAAAGAUGGCCUAUCAGAAAGUCAGUGCAGACCAGAGAGGUCCUGGACACUCCCAGUUCUUGGACAGUGACGACCUUCAAGCCACUGCCCUUGACCUGGAGUGGGACAUGGAGAAGGAACUGGAGGAGCCUGGAUUUGAUCAGUUCCAGUUGGAGGGUGCUGCGAAUCAGAACGCGAGGCAUUCAGAGACAGAAGACCUUAACCUUGAUUCCAUUCAGCCCUCAGCCUCCCCCAAAGGAAGGUUCCAGAGACUCCAAGAGGAGCCUGACUAUGUCACCCGUUACGCACGACCUGCACCAAAGAGCAGCCGCUACAGUUUUUGCCGCCUUUUGAAAAUAUUUUGCACAGCGACCACAUUAUUUAUUUUUGGAAUUUUGAUGGGUUAUUAUACGCACAAAAAUUGCCCAUCAGAAGAAGCAACGUCUUCGGGAAUGGAUGAUCCUCAUUUAUCCCGAGAGAUUCUCAAGGCAAUUCAAGCAGAGAAUAUUAAGAAGUCGUUCAGAAAUUUGGUACAACUGUAUCCUCAAAAUGAAGAUGACACAGAAAUUUCAAAGAUGCUUAAGACUCAGUGGACUUCUCUGGGCCUAGAAGAUGUACAAUUUGUAAAUUACUCUGUGCUACUCAGUCUGCCAAGCCCUUCUCCCAACACUGUGACUCUAAGCAACGGCAGCCAAUGCUUUCAUCCUGAUGGCCAGCCGUGUGGUGAAGGAGCCAGAAAAGACAGCAGCCAAGACCGGCUCUACUCAUACGCGGCCUAUUCUGCCAAAGGAACUCUCGAGGCUGAAGUCAUCGAUGUGAGCUAUGGAACUGUAGAUGAUUUAAAAAGUCUUAAAGUGAAAAAUACAACAAAUCAGAUUGCACUCUUGAAGUUAGGAAGAUUGCCACUGCUUUAUAAGCUUUCCUUGCUGGAAAAGGCUGGGUUUGGAGGUGUUCUCCUGUACAUUGAUCCUUGUGAUUUACCAGAGACUGCACAUCUUCGCUAUGAUGGCUUCAUGGUAUCUCUGAACCCAGGAGGAGACCCUUCCACACCUGGUUAUCCAAGUGGGGAUGGAAGCUUUAGACAAAAUCAAUCAAACCUCACUUCGCUACUUGUGCAGCCUGUGUCAGCGUCUCUCGUUGCAAAACUCAUUUCUUUGCCAAAGGAGAGAGCCCAAAAAGAUGUCUGCAGCCCUCUUAGGCUUCCAACUAAUGAAAUAAGAAUUGUAAAGAUGAAAGUUGAGACUGUCACAAAAUUCAAAACAAUUUCAAAUGUUGUUGGAUAUUUAAAAGGUUCAACAUCUCCAGAUCGCUAUAUCAUACUUGGCAGCCAUCACCACACUGCGUACGGUUAUAAAGCACAAGAAUGGGCCAGUGGUACAGUCAUAACCACAGCGUUCAUCCAGGCCUUGAUGUUGAGAGUUAAGAAAGGGUGGAGGCCACACAGAACUAUUGUUUUCUGUUCAUGGGGAGGAACAUCUUUUGGCAACAUUGGCUCAUUCGAGUGGGGAGAGGAUUUCAGGAAGGUCCUGCAGAGAAACGCUGUGGCUUACAUUAGUCUACAUAAUCCUAUAAGAGGCAACUCAAGUCUGCAUCCUGUGGCAUCUCCUUCUCUUCAGCAACUCAUAGCAGAGAAAAAGAAUUUCAACUGUACCAAAAGAGCUCGGUGCCCAGAAACCAACAUCACUUCUGUCCAAAUACAAGGAGAUGCCAAUUAUUUCAUCAACCAUCUCGGAGUUCCAACGCUGGAGUUUGUUUAUGAAGAUGUCAAAACAUUAGAGGGUCCAAGCUUUCUCUCAGAGGCCUUUUUUCCUAACCAUGCAACCAAAAUUGAAGAAAUAGACCCUUCUUUCAACCUUCAUGAAACCAUUACAAAGCUGACAGGUGAAGUGAUUUUGCAAAUUGCCAACGAGCCGGUUCUGCCUUUUAAUGCACUUGAUAUAGCUUUAGAAGUUCAAAACAGCCUUAAAGGUACUGCACUCAACACUCACCAGCUGUUAACAACAGCAUCAAGGUUACGUGAGAGUGUGGAACUCUUUCAAUCAGAUGAGAUGCGUCCUGCGAAUGAUCCCAAGGAGCGAAACCCUAUCCGCAUGCGAAUGCUGAAUGACGUUCUGCAAGACAUGGAGAAAUGCUUCUUGGUGAGGCAGGUGCCACCAGGGUUUUAUCGAAACAUCUUGUACCAUCUAGAUGAGAAGACAAGCCAGUUUUCCAUUCUGCUGGAAGCGUGGGAGAACAGCAAAUCACUCCCCUCACAUGAGGCCCUUCAAGAAGUCCUGUCCGUGGUGCUGAACAGCAUUAAUUCAGCCCAGGUUUACUUCAAAGCAGGACUUGAGGUGUUUGAGAGUGUCUUGGCUGGAAAGGACUGA